AUGCCGGUACGCCCUCCCCAUCCCGUACCUGAACCUCUUCAGGAACGAGUGGAUGCGCUGAGUGCGGGGGUCAAGGCCCUCUUCACACAGAAGGGGAUUCCCUACUGGGUCAUGGCCCAGAUGGCCCAGGCGGGCUAUACCACCAUGGAGGACCUGGCCGAUCGCUGGGAUACCCCCGCCCUGGCCAGACAGCACGCGGCCAGAGACCUGAACUUCGCAGGCAAUGACCACGGGUGGACAAACGAACUCCGGGAACUCAUUUCCAUGCGCAUGUUUCAGUGUGUGCGCUUGGCUAAGGAAACUAUUGGGGAGACGAUCACGGGCCUGGGCCGGGGCCCGGACCAACCUCUACUACCCAUGGGCAAGACCACAGGCCUUGAUGCGGUAUGUGACCGAAAGCAAAUUCUCGUGGACUGGGACCGCAUCGCCAACCAGCCACGACCCAAGCUGACCUACCAGGGGAGUGACAACUUCCUGAAGAAGCAAUUCAAGCUGCCACUUUUUGACGGAUGGGAACGGGAGGUUGAAGAAGAAGAAAGAGCCUUCCCGAGCACUAAGGAACAGAUCAAGAAGAUGCACAUGGUCUUCCGGAACAACCUGUACAUGUGCCUGAUCAGCUUCCCUCAGCAUCUCCAGUUCAAUGUGACCAAGGUGCCUUGGGCCCUGCCCAUGCCCCCGACACAGCGGGCAUUGACCCAGUGGACUGGGAGCGCAUCGGACGCUUGGGCCGAACUGCAACAGUGGAUGCAAUUUGUGCCGCAACGUCUACAUGAGCAUUUGCCCCCUCAGACCUCAGCCCAUCUCCUUCUCUAUGCCGGGAAGGAUGAUGCUACGUCGCUAGACUCCUGCACCCGAAAGCUCUUCCCUGACCUAUCAACAGAGCUCAUUGCCUUGGACAUCAGGGCACGGCGGAGGCUUCCAGCCCCAUGGAACUUCCUGGAGCGCCCAGUUGACCCAAAGGACACCGGCACAGCACCGAGUGCAUUGAGGCUCCGCCUGCGGUACGUCCCGGGAGCGGCGAACCUCACCUCCGCAGGAGGCUGGGUGGUCUUCAAGUCCAUCCUUGGGCUGCCCACACACUUGAACCUUGUCCUUGAAACGAAAAUAAACGUGACGAGGAAAGAGGAAAGCUAUGAGGAAGGGUCUGCUGUGGAGGCCGAAGCGGACUUGGCAGCUCGAGAAGUGGCCGAGAGGCUAGCCACCUCUUGCGAGUCCCCUUCCUUGCUGCUUUUCUUGGCCAAAGGGUAUGGACCACGCUCCACUUCUGUGGGACCUCUCUUACAGGAACGCUUCAAAGAUACGAUCAUCGUGGGCUGCAACUCCGAGGGUGGUGUGAUCGCCACGGGCGUGGAGCACCAGCAAGAGACCUUUGCCCUUGCGGCGCUGGCACUGAAGAGUGCGGGCUUGUCGGCCUAUCCCUUCUGCGGCGAUCUGUCUGAGCUUCCGCCGUUGCGCCGAGGCGGCAAGUGGUCCAGCAUGGAGGACCGCGCCGCCCUGGCCUUCAGCAGUCUGCCCUCCCCGGGAGGCGAUCCACAGGGCUGGGUGUACAUGCUGGACAUGAUGCUGAAGAGUCGUAGUGGCCGGCCGCCCACCGUGGUCGGCGGCAUGCCAGUGGGAGGCCACGCCUUCGUGGACGGAGAUCUCCAGGUCUCUGGUGCCUUCGGUGUGCUUCUCGAAGGCCUCGAGUGUUCGCCGGUGGUUUGUCAAGGUGCUGAGCCCUUUGGACCCUUUCUGGAAAUCACGGCGGUGCGCGCUGACCACAUCAUCAGUGAGAUCAAUGGCCAGAACCCUCGCCAGCUGCUGAUGCCCUUGAUGCAUGGGCCACAGGUGCCGGGGCAUGGGCACUCGAUGGCAGGUGUCUUCGUGGACCCAAAGCCUGAUGAACCCCAUGGCUCCUGGACGGACGCGCAUUUGGCGGCGGCGGCGCUGGGCGGCCGCCCGAACUGCUUGGUUCGGCCCAUGCACUCCUUCACGCCGGAGGGGCACUUGGUCCUGUCGCCCUUGACCGAGAUGACACCCUACACACCAGGCAUCCAACUCCAGUUGCAGUGCUUUAGCCCUGAGCAUGCCUUGGCGGACUUGCGCUCGCGGGCCGAGACCGACAUGGCGCUCCACGGGCGGCCGCCGGAUGCUGCGGUGAUCAUCAGCUGUGGCGCACGCGGCAGGGAACUCUAUGGCCAAGAGGGUGUGGAGAGCGCAAUCUUCCGAGAGGUUUGGGGAUGCGAUGUCCCCACGGUGGGUUUCUUCGCCGGCGGCGAGUUCGGCCCAGUAGGGCUCAGGACGGCGUUUAGCGGUGACAACUUCGUCUUUGACGUGGGAAACUGGGAGACAGCCGAUUUAGCCAGGCAAGCCGCCUUGACGGGCGAGAUCUGGACGCAGCGACCAAAGAGCGUUGCGAAAGAAGCUGCCCGCGUUGGGCGGGCUGGCACUGGCCCCAUUCAUUUGGGAGGUUCCAGCGAGGAGGAUCUUUGUGCGCAGAAAUUCUUGUUCUCUUGUGCGCGGGAACGGGAUGUGGCGAGGCCCUUCUUGGUUCCAGAAGUUCCGGAGAGUUCCUGUGCAUUGCAUGGGAAAACACCUCGAGCGAAACGGAUGGGGAACCGUCCGGACGAGGGCGGGAUGGGAUCGGUGCUUCGCAUCGGGCGAGUCAGCUCACCGUUUCUAGCAGAGUUCGGUUCGGAUCCCAGUGGUUGUACAGAGUCCUCGAUGUUCUGCGGUGCCAAGAAACCACGGCAGCCCCGCCGCUCGCCGGUGCCCACCUUGUCGCCCGCGGCCUUUCUGCAGCACGAGCGGCUCUUGACCGGGCUACUGAUCUUCGAGCUGGUCGUGGAAAUUGCCUAUAUCUCCUUGUUGUGUCAUGCCUCAAGGCAUUCCAUUCACGAGGUGGCUCUAGCCUAUGAGGUGAUCCCGCUGGAGUCCCUCUGGAGCUUGUCAGAGGGCCUAGACAACCGAGAUCAGGUUCUGGGUGCAGCUGGCUGUUCAGAUGGGCUAUUUGAAGCUCUACUUUUGCGUGGCCUUCUCCGCCGUCAGCAAGCACAAGCCACGGCUCUAUGGAUGGUUUUCCAACGUGGCAUUGGGUGGAAUUAUCAUCCAGGUGCUCUUCUCUUACAUGAACAAGUCCAACAUCUUUGUCUUCUCCCUCCGUCUAUUUUGCUAUGUCUACGCCAGGUUCUUGAGAAGCGUCCUCCUACAGAUUGCAUUACAACCGCAUGAAAUUCCUUUGGAUGUUUAAAUAACAAUUCCCAAUUGCGG